GUGCAUUGUGCUAUCUCACUCGCUCUCGCGAGCUCAACGCGGUCGAACGGUUCAAUGACUCUGGCGACCGGUUUCUAUUUUCUCUCUGGUCCUGUCGUCGAGUAGCCCAGCAAGGGGGGUCUUUGUUUGCGUUUUUCGUUCGCGUCGUUCGGUAUCCUCGCGCCAGCUCCAUCGUAUCGGUUUCUGUGACGGAAUGUGCCCGCAACAGUGCAACAGCGGUUCUCAAUCUCGUCGGUCGAUGUGAGAUGUCGGAGUGGCUCCGUCUAGUGCAAGUGCAGUGAGGUGCAGUGGCGGUGUUGCGUGCGAGCGAGCGUGGGUCGGCACGGCGACGGCGAGCGAGGUGCGAGGUGGCGCCGGGCGCGCGGCCAUGACCGGCGACAUGCCGCUGGGCAGCGCGCACGCGUUCGGGCGCGCGCUGCUGCGGGACGGUGCGCUGCCGCCGCUGGAGCCGGGCCCGCCCGCGCCGCCCGCGCCCGCCGCGCAGCCGCCCGACAAGCGCCCGCCGGCCGCGGCCGCCAGCCCCGACCAGGUCAUGAAGCUCUACAUGAACAAGCUCACGCCCUACGAGCACCGCGAGAUCUUCGACUACCCGCAGGUGUACUUCAUCGGCGCGAACGCCAAGAAGCGGCCGGGGCUGGUGGGCUUCCCCAACAACUGCGACUAUGACAACGAACAAGGCUCGUAUAUCCACAUCCCGCACGACCACAUCGCGUACCGCUACGAGGUGCUCAAGGUCAUCGGGAAGGGCAGUUUCGGCCAAGUAGUGAAGGCAUACGACCACAAGAAGCGGGAGAAUGUGGCUUUGAAGAUGGUGCGUAACGAGAAGCGGUUCCACCGGCAGGCGCAGGAGGAGAUCCGUAUCCUGGAGCACCUGCGCGACCAAGACAAGGACAACUCUAUGAACGUGAUCCACAUGUUCGAUUCAUUCACGUUCCGAAACCACACGUGUAUCACCUUCGAGCUGCUAUCCAUAAACCUGUACGAGUUGAUAAAGAAGAACAAGUUCCAGGGCUUCUCGCUGCAGCUGGUGCGCAAGUUCUCGCACUCGCUGCUGCAGUGCCUGCACGCGCUCAGCAAGAGCCGCAUCAUACACUGCGACAUGAAGCCCGAGAAUGUGCUGCUCAAGCAGCAGGGACGCUCUGGGAUCAAGGUGAUAGACUUCGGCAGCUCGUGCUACGAACACCAGCGCGUGUACACGUACAUCCAGUCGAGGUUCUACCGCGCGCCCGAGGUGAUGAUGGGCGCCCGGUACGGAAUGCCCAUCGACAUGUGGUCGCUGGGCUGCAUACUGGCCGAGCUGCUUACUGGCUUCCCCCUUCUCCCCGGUGAGGACGAAGCGGACCAGAUGGCGUGCAUCAUCGAGCUGCUGGGCAUGCCACCGCAGCGCUUGGUCGAGCAGGGCAAGCGCAGCAAGAACUUCAUCAGCAGCAAGGGACUGCCGCGGUACUGCACUGCCACCACGCUGGCUGAUGGGACCACGGUGCUUAGUGGAGGAAUGUCGCGGAGAGGUAAACCCCGCGGCCCUCCAGGUUCCAAGAGCUUCGUCACAGCGCUGAAGGGAUGCCAGGACAAGUUCUUUAUUGAUUUCAUUAGACGCUGCCUCGAGUGGGACCCCGAAAAGCGGCUAACACCAGCGGCGGCACUAAGGCACGCGUGGCUGCGCCGCCGGCUGCCCCGCCCGCCCCACGACGACGACGCGCCGCCGCCCGCCCACGUUAGUAUAGCGCCGCCCAAGCGCCACCCGCCGCCCGUCAAGUGUCAGGACAAGUAGUUGGACGAGCGGAGGCGGCGGCGGCGGCGGCUCGGGGCGCGGCGGGUCGCUGCGCACGCCGCUCGCGCGCACGCCCGUCACCUUCAACAACACGCAACAAGCCAAAGCGAAACUGCAAGCGGCGCUGUCGGAGGACGUCGGGGGCGCGCGCGCGUGGGCGGGGGCGGCGGGCGCGGGGGGCGGCAAGUUGCCCCACCUCGCGCCCUCCUAGCGAGCCCCGCCCGCGCGCCGCCUCGCCAAGGUAUCAUCCCUGGAGGCUCCGCGGCGCGCGGGCGGCGCGGCGGCGGCGGCGCGGCUGGAGCCCGAGCGCCGCUCGCUGGACCUGGAGCGCGAGCUGCGCCCCGCGUCCGACGCCAGCCUCGACCACCACCACCUCGUGUGAUGCACGACCUGCUGCCCUCUACCCUGGGGCAGAGACUGCACGCGGACGGGUUAUAGCAAGAGAGGAAACCGGGGCGAAGACCACUGCACUUGGCCGGAUUAUAAUAGAGCCAGU